AUGAACUCUCAACCUUUCUCGGCUGAUGUGGAAGAUAAAGAGGACCAAGACGAAAAUCUAGAGGACACGAAACAAGGGAUGGAUGUAGAUACAACGGGUUUAAAUACAACUACCCUGACAUUAGAAUCUGUUAAUCAAAUCUCUGAUCUUGUAAGUCUGCCACAAUCAGAUCAUCUACAUUCAGAGAAAGAUACACAUGUAUUUGAUACCCUAGAGACCAUGGAAGUUACACUGGAGAGUUCUAUUGGGAGUGGGAUUGAAUCAGAAGAUGAGCCUGAUCUCAUUCACGAAGAUGAUAUAUUAAGUCUGUUUAAUAAUCCCUUGGCUGAAUUGGUGAGACCCACCGAUUUGAAACUGUACGUUGGGCAAGAACAUUUAAUUAAUGAUGGGAAUGGUCUGAUAAAGAACUUUAUUCGACUCGGCUAUCUUCCUUCUAUGAUCUUACAUGGCCCACCAGGUGUUGGUAAGACUACUAUUGCCUCAAUUUUGGCGAGAGAAACAAAAUAUGUGUUUUUGGAAUUAUCGGCUACCAAUGGGACAGUGGCAGAUUUAAAACGAAUCCUGAGAGAUAUAGAGAAUGAAAACAGCCGAAGGCAGGCAAUGAAGCAAGAUACGAUGAAGGUUGUUCUAUUUAUUGACGAGAUCCAUCGGUUUUCUACUACACAGCAAGAUUUCUUAUUACCAUAUAUUGAAAAUGGUCAAUUUGUGUUUAUUGGCGCAACUCUGGUAAAUCCUAAACUGCGUAUUCGUAGAGCGAUUCUUUCGAGGUGUCAGAUAUUUCAACUCAAAUCGUUAACUAAUGCUGAUCUAGUUCGUGUUAUUAAAAGAGCAAUUUUGUUUGAAAAUAUCAGACGUCGUUGUUCUCAUAGAAUUAAGUUUAUUGAACUUGAAACACUGGCGAUAGAUUUAAUAGUUUCCAGGUGUAAAGGUGACUCCCGUUCAGCUAUUAAUAUGGUGGAACUUAUAAGUGGACAUGUGAGUGGAUCGGAUACAACUUACACUGUAGGUGAUCACAAUCCCGUGCAUGUUACAUGUGAAACUGUUGUCAAUAUAUUACGAAAUAAUAGAGAAAAUGUUAGUGGAUUAAAGGACCAGCGAAAUUUGAAUUUACUUCUCAAGUUAUUUGAUAGUUUAAAAAAUGUUUCACGCAGAAGGAUUCUUCAUCAUAUUGAAAUUGACAAAGAUGAAGUAUCAACUGAUAUUGAUGAAGAUGACAAGGAAUCAAUAGUAGGAGAUGGAAAUAAAUAUGAUGAGAUUGAAGAAGGUGAGGAUAUUACUGAACCUACAAAGAAUACAGCUUCAGAAUCUAUGUCACCAUGUCCAAGAGUUGUUACAAGUUCCCAAACCACAAUUCCACCUGAUAAGCUACAAGAAAGUUCACAAGUGGUAUUCAAUGAGUCCCAAAUUGUAUCUCAAUCACUGAUAAAGGAAGUGCAGGUGCAAAGUCAUAACGCCAAGUUAAAUAAUGAGCCUCAUAGAAGAAAGUUGAGCGGAAACUCUAAAGUAAUCAAACGUAGAAGAGCUGGCUCGUCUACAAAAUUUACCAAAUUAUUAUCUAAAUAUCCAAUCGAUGAACUCUUGUUGAAAGUUCAAAACUCUGACGAUAGUGACAUAAGUGAUAAUGAUGAGCUACUGUGUGAUUCUGAAGAAGUUGGUAUUGCAGAUCAGUUUCUGGAUACUGAUAGGUAUACAUUUCUAGCAACUUAUCAGACUAAUUGGCUUAUUGAAAGAGGGGAGUCACCUUUAUUUCUAUUGAAACAAUUGAUAUUAUUUACAUGUUUAUAUCCCGAUUGCAAGGUAUUGCCCUUACCUGAAAUAACUUCUAUGAUUAAAGUCUUGAAACAUACAUCUGCUGAUCCUAGAAAAGUGUUGGCCAAUCUUGUUCACAGGAUCACACGAGCACGUCAGCUCCCUAUAAAGGAUGCAUACCAUGAUCCUGUGAGAAGAUUAAAAGCUAUCAAAUCAUAUUGUGUGCAAGAAUUUGCCGAGGUGAAGGUUGGUACGGAACAUAUAAUGCUGCCAGAUCUUCCAAUUUCAUACGAACAGUCUGUAGUAGAUGAUUUGACUGUCCAGUUAGACUUUGGUACAACUCCAGAAAGUGAUACGUUCCCUGUCUUGCCCAUUCUAGACUUUGAUCCGAUGGAGCAUGGUGAUCUCCAAGUGGUAGAUUUUUAA